AUGAGUGACCCAUCAACAUAUGAGCCGUCAAAAGCACAACUACGACAUGAUCCAGUAUACUAUGUGAAGCCAGGAUCCGACGACAAAGAGAAGCUGAAAAGAUGUAUGGAGAUAUUCGAACAUCAGGAAAUACAUCAAUGUUUCCGUGAGUUAGAAGACGAACCGGGAGCUGAUGAACCCACUAUCAAGAGUGCUAUCGCCCGCAAAAAAAACCUUUUGAUUGAUGGCAUCACGGUCGAUGCGAGCCUACACGACCUGGUAUGCGUGUUCGUCGAUAUACCCGAAAGCAGACCUCUCAAAGCUCAUCGAUGUCUCCUUGAUUCUAAAGAGGAACUGCAGAAGAAGAUUGAUACCACCGAGCAUCAGGUUUCCGGCGGCCCGUCCUUUGAUGCGCUCAUCCCAACCGUGCCAGUUGAUGAUGGGUAUGUGAGGAUUAGCUACAAUUUCUGCACCAAGGCUACGAACGGGAGAGUGGUGUAUGAAGAACUAUGGCAUCUUAUCGGUAAAUACCUUGAGAAUAGGUUGACUGAGGAUCUGCCAGUUAUUCUCGGCGAUGAACUCCGCAUGGCUCGGACUGAACCUAGAUCGUGGCGGUUAGAGCGUGGUUAUGUCCACGACAGGAACCCACUGGGUGUCUCGAAAGACAUAUUUUCUCCGGCUUGGAAAAGGGUAACAGAACGAGAAAGAACACGGGGAUAG